AUGGGCAAAAAAACAGAAAAAGUUACUACGGCGAAGGCUACGAAACUCUCAGAUAAGAAAAAUGAAAAAACCAAAAAUAUCAAGUUACCGUCAAUAACAAAAAACGGAACUUCUAAGAAGAUCUUAAAAGCUUCAAGCUCUGAGAGUGAUUCUUCAGAUUCAGAUUCUAGUGGACCAAAAAAGGCUAACGUUUCUGAUACUAGCGAAGAUAGCAAUGAUAGUUCCGCUAGUGAAAGUUCUAGUGAUGAUUCAAGUGAUAGUUCUGAGGAAGAAGCGGAAAUUAAACCUAAGAAUAAGAAGUUAAAUGUGAAGGAAGAAGAAGUUUCUAGUAGUGAAGAAGAAUCUAGUUCUGAAGGUAAAAUAAAAUCAAAAGAUGAAUCUUCAUCUUCAGAAAGUGAUUCGAGUGAAAGUGAAGAAGAAGUAGUAAGUAGUAAAAUAAACGGCACAAAUAAAGUCGAUGUAAGUAAAACACAUGCACCCACUCAAAAUAUCACAAAUAAAGAACAAGAAUCUUCGGACAGUAGUAGUUCAAGUGAAUCCGAAAGCGAUUCGGAUGAAGAUAUAAAAAUGGUCCCUAAAACUCCGGAGGUUAAUAAUUCUAUAUCAGGUCUCAAUUCUUCAAAACGAAAAAUAGACCAAGAUGAUUCUAAUUUUGCAAAAAAACCUAAAGUAUAUGAGAAUCCAUCCGAAAGCAAUACAAUUUUUGUGGGACGUCUUUCAUACAAUGUAGAUGCCGAAUGGUUACGUCAAGAAUUUAAAGAGGCUGGCGAAAUUGUUGAUGUUCGCAUCGCUUCUGACAGAAAUACCGGCAGAUCUAAAGGGUUUGGCUACGUAGAGUUCGCUACUGCCGAAGGAGCUAGUAAUGCAAUGAAAUUCUCGGGUAAAGAAAUUGACGGUAGAGAAAUUAAUUUAGACUUUGCCACUCAACAACAAUCCAAAAAGAAUAAUAACAUUCAAAGAGGCACAAGUGAAGUUAGUGACACUCUCUUUGUAGGAAAUUUGGCUUUUAGUAUAACCGAAGACCAAAUCUGGGAAACUUUCGGACAAUAUGGUCAGAUUGUUUCAGUUAGACUUCCAACUCACGAAGACUCGGGCGGUCUCAAAGGUUUCGGAUACGUACAAUUCGCUGAUACUGAUUCGGCCCAAAAAGCAAUGGAAUUACAUGGUACUAAAAUAUGUGAGCGAGCGAUACGUCUCGAUUUUUCUAUUGGAAAAUCUCAAGGGGACAAUAAUUCAAGAUUUGGAAAUCGUAAUGGCGUAUCCUUUGGUCGUGGAGGGCGUGGAGGACGUGGAGGACGUGGCGGUGGAGGACGUGGUGGCAGAGGUCGUGGUGGUAAUGAUUAUGGAAGAGGAGGUCGUGGUGGAUUUAAUCCCGCAGCAGCAGCAAAUCGUGGAGCUAUACAACCUGCAAAAGGUAAAAAAAUUACCUUUGAAGAUUAA